AUUUCUAAUAGACGUGGCUGUUUGUGAUUGGUAAAAAUAAACUUUACAUAACCAUUGUACACAGUAUUUACACAGUUUUUGAUGGUGAGAACAGCAAACAUUUGAGAGAAAAUGCCUUCUAAAAAACACCGUUAUAACAAGCUAAACAAUGAUGAUGAUAUUUACAUGUAUCCAUCAGAGCUAUACUUCAGUCAGGACAGCAUAUUGGGUACAUUCAAGGGUGGCAAACUCUUAGGUCAAACAUUCAAUGAGAUAAUUGAAGGAAAUCGGAACCCAAAUAAACAUAUACCCCCUAUCACGGUGGUAAAGGAUCAUCCCGAUUAUGAAGGAUUGCCCUUUGUAUUUGGAUGCAGGCGUCUCUAUAUUUACCAAGAGCUCGAAAAGCUAGAUGUCAUACGCAAAGUCAAAGUGGAGAUUAGCAGUUAUGAUAGUCAGCAACACAGAAUAAAAAACUUUACAACAAAAAAUGAUGGAGUAUCUGUUGAAGUGAAGUCAUAUGCAGGCCAGUUCAACAAAAAUCAUGCUCACGGUUGGAAUUUCUACAAGAAUCGAUAUCACUUUAGGGAUUGGGAAAAGUCAGCUGAUAGACACAAGCAAUCCAGAUCACAACACAACAAUCAACCAGACACAGACUCACAGGAUUUCACGACAGCAAAUGAAGAACCAGAAUCAUGCUGUCAAUGUACAAUCAUGUAAAAAACUAAAAACAAGAAUAAAUAUGGCUAUGGGAAUUGGCAAAAACGUGUGAUGUCAGCUGGUAGGCAGAACGGACCAGACCAAUAUGGUGGUGGAGAACAAGAAGCAAAUGAUGACUCUUGGUGUACAAUUAUAUAAAAUCUGGUACAGAUGCCAACCACAUUCUGGGACAAUCAAGGACUUUUGAGGACUUAUUUUAAUUUAAUGAUCUAUUGUAAAAUAACUGCAAAAUGGGAAAUAAAAAGGUGACUAGGUUUAAUAGAACACACCCCCUUUCUCCAUACUAAAAAGCAAUCGCUAGAUUUGUUCAGUGCACAUAUGAAAAAUACAGUUCUGAGAAGUAGUAUAUGCAUGUACAGUAUAUAACAGCAUAAAGGUUCUCCAGCUCUAAGUAAUCAAUAAAG